AUGAACAUCAAACCCAUGGGAAGAUGCCACUUGCCCCUAUCUCCCAUACUAUUAAAUACAGCUUCCUCCUUCUGAUACAGACUAUGUUCCUUAGCCUUUGCAGGUGGCAUAAGAGGUCAAAAGAAGUUUUUGGUUUACGGAAAGCCCAGCUUCAGCAGCACCAGCAGCAGCAGCACCAGCAUCUGCGGAGGCAGCAGCGGCAGCGGCAGCAACAGCCCCAGCAUGUCUUUCAAUGUCAGCCAGAACCAGUAUCAGAACGUGUGCAUUCCCUUCUGUGGACCUAUUCAUGGUGGACUCCAGGUUGGCCAUGAGGUCAUUGUCAAUGGGUCAGUCCUUCUCUCCAAUAUGAAUAGGUUUUCUGUGAAUUUUCAGUGUGGGUAUAACGGAAACAACAUUGCCUUUCAUUUCAAUCCUCGGUUUGAAAGUGGCGGUUUUGUAGUGUGCAACACGAAGCAGAAUGGUUCCUGGGGGCCCGAGGAAAGGAAGAUGCAGAUGCCUUUCUCUAAGGGGGCGCCCUUUGAAAUUCGCUUUCAGGUCCAGAAUGAAGCCUUCAAGGUGAUGGUGAAUGGGAGUUAUUUUGUCCAGUACCAACACCGGAUCCCUUUUCAGCAAGUGGACACCAUUGCAAUUGAGGGUAUGGUGAUGGUGUCCUUCAUCAGAUUCCAGAACAGCCAAUCUGCUCCCAUUCAGCCUUCCUGCUUUGUCCUGCAGAGUGCAUUCUUACCCCAACAUCCCCCUAGGUCCAAGGGAAAUGAACCCAAACCUCCUGAACCAGUCUGGCCUCCUGCUGGCACCAUCAUCACUCAAACGUUUAUCCCUGGAAUCCACUCAACUAUGCCCAGUGCUCCCCUUUUUCCAACCUCGUUGUUCCCUGGUCCGUUGUAUCCCUUACCGUUCCGUACACCAAUCCCGGGGGGGCUCUACCCAUCCAGGAUAAUCCUUUUAGCUGGCUCCAUCCUGCCUACUGCUAACGGGUUUGUAAUCAAUCUCAAGUGCGGGAAUGACAUCGCCUUCCAUCUGAACCCACGAUUUUGUGAGAAUGCCGUGGUCCGGAACACCCAGAUUAACCGCUCGUGGGGAUCUGAGGAGCGUGCUCUGUCGGGUUGUAUGCCCUUCACCAGAGGCCAGUCCUUCAUGGUAUACAUCAAGUGUGAAGUCCCCUGCCUCAAGGUGACUGUCAAUGGGCACCAUCAGUUUGAUUACAAGCAUCGCAUGAAGAACCUGCAAUCCAUCACCCAGCUGGAGGUAUCAGGAGACAUCCAGCUGACCCAGGUUCAGGUCUAACCAUAGGUCCCCCUACCCAGGCAUCCCAGCCUGAACCUUUCUUCUCUCCCUCCUGUCUCUCCUCACUUCUCCAGACAGAGCACCAGGCUCUCUGCCCCCAGAACAGAGACAUUGGAGUAAACCGCUCUCCUCUUGGGGAAGGCAGAGGAGGGAUCUCUCAUAUACCCAGCCUGUAAGAUGGAUACUUUCCUGGGACAGUUAGGGCUGAGUUCACCUUCCAGGCCUGGUUGCUGUUGCCUUCAGUGUGAUAUUUUUAUAUUUUGAUGGGGGUGGGAGGUUCUCCUCUCACCACUCCUCUCUUCUCACUCUGGUGCCCCCAGGGGGCAGCUAAGUGGUUCAGUGGAUUGAGAGCCAGGCUUAGAGAUG